UAAAAUAAGCUCCAUUAAAAACGGCCCUCUCCUUUGGGAAAUGCUUCCAUCUCACACUUCACCCUUUGUUUAUUCCAAUCACCCUCACUAUAAAACCACCAUUGUUCCUCUGGUAGAUACCCAACCUUUUCUCCCUCACCAUCCCCCCACCACCAGACACGCAGGAGUGCCGGAGAUGGGGAGAUCGCCGUGCUGCGACGAGACCGGGCUGAAGAAGGGGCCGUGGACUCCAGAAGAGGACCAGAAGCUCACUGAUUACAUACACAGGAACGGGCAUGGGAGCUGGAGAGCGCUUCCGAAGCUCGCCGGGCUGAACAGGUGCGGGAAGAGUUGCAGGCUGAGGUGGACGAACUAUCUGAGGCCGGAUAUCAAGAGAGGAAAGUUCACUGAAGAAGAAGAGCAAAUCAUCAUCAACCUCCACCAAGUCCUUGGAAACAAGUGGUCGGCGAUCGCGACACAUCUUCCGGGCCGGACGGAUAACGAAAUCAAGAACUUCUGGAACACCCAUCUGAGGAAGAAGCUUCUUCAAAUGGGUAUCGAUCCGGUCACUCACCGACCGAGAACUGACCACCUCAAUCUCCUGGCAAAUCUACCUCAAUUGCUUGCAGCCACCAACUUCAUGAGCAAUCCCAUGAACAGUACUCCCUGGGAUAAUAAUCCCCUGAGCUUACAAACAGAUGCUGCGCAACUAGCCAAAUUCCAACUGCUGAACAACAUACUCCAAGUCCUAAGCACCAGUCCUAGUCCACCUCCAGUACCCAUGGAAGCUCUCAACCUCAUGGGAUCCCAGCCUCUUCCCAGUAACCAACAGCUCUAUGAAUAUCUCAGGGGGGUCAAUCCUGUCAACUUGUCCCAGAAUAUCCCAUCCACCUUUCCAAACCUAGAUUUCCAUCAACCUAAUAUUGAUCAUCACAUUGUUCGACCCGAUAUCGUCGGGAACUCCAAGGCGGCUUUCGACAAUGUCGAUAACAACAACGGGAAUUUUAACCAGUUGAGUGCUUUCCAAACGGAGAAUAAUUCACUUCCUGCAUUGGUUUCAGACUUGCCUGAGUUUUCAACUGUCAAGAAAAUGGAAAACAAGUACAACCAGAACAAUAUUGAUAUGUCCAACCCUUCAUCCACUUCUACCACCUUUGAAGCUUGGGGAGACCUCAUGGAUGAUGAAGCAGUUGGCGACUCCUAUAAUUGGAGAGAUAUUAUAGACCAAGCAACUUCUCCCUCAUGGCCGAUCUCGUGAUAGAAGGAUCUUCCAGUUCAUAAAGUGGGACGGAUUUGUAGACAAAUAAAACUAUGCAUUAGUUGGGAGUUGAUUUUGUAACAGAUAGAUUGAUUUCAAUUACUUUAAUUUAUACAUGCAUGCAUAUUUUCUCCUUCUUUUUUUUCCCCUUCUGUUUUAUACUGAUAUCAUUUGUAUAUCAUAUCAGCAUUGUGCAAAAUACACUGCAAAUAAAAUGAAGAACUUUCCAUUA